UAAUGACAUUUAUAGUAAAGACCAGAAAAGUAUUACUUAACAAGCUCUUAAAUAGAAGAUAAUUAGUAAUAAAAUAGUUAAUAAAAGAGUGUUGAAUUACUUCAUCCAAAUAAACCUACUCCAUCUUAGGAAUCAGUUGUUAAGGAAUUGGCUCAAAAAUAUAAAGCUGAUGAAAGAAAUGUCGUAGUUUAUGGAUUGAGAACAUCAUUUGGAGGAAAUAGAACAACAGGAUUUGCUUUGAUCUACGAUACAUAAUAGUAUAUAAUAGAGUAAUAAUGUUAGAUAUUUAUUGAAAUUUGAACCAAAAUUCAGAUUGAGAAGAAGAGGCAUAAUUCCAAAGAGAGAUGGAAGCAGAAAGGGAUGGAAGGAAGUAAAAUCUAAGUUGAAGAAAACUAGAGGAUCUGAAAAAACAAAAAUCUAUAUGUCAAGAAAGACAGACAAGAGGGAAGUUAUUAGAGCUUAAAAAGAGACAUAUCUUAAAGGUUUUGUAGGAAAGUGAUA